CUGAUGUGGGAGGUAUCUCUCGGCCGACCUUCAGUGCGUGUUCCAACGUGGCGGCUAGCGGUUCGUUCAGACUCUCCGGGUCAUGAUGGAAAGCGCUUGAAAAACUUUUCUUCCGCCUCUCUGGAAAGCCUCCAUGUAAAAAUCUCUUGCACGAGGUCCUCGUAGAAGCCGCCGAAAAUGACAUUCUCCCCCAAUAAAACGUUUUUUGCAAUUAUAAGAUUUUCAUGGUACGGGAAGUUACGGCGCCAAACUUGGUAAGUUCCUACGAGGUAGAAGAGAACAAUGAGCAUCAGAUAACGAUGUGACUCUCACAAUCUCUCUAGAGAUUGAGUGAUAAAUGAAUGGACGCUGAACGAGCUCUAUUCAGACGGGAAAUACCAUAAAGUGAUAUUCAAAAUGUCAUGAGAAAAAAGUCGAAAAGAACUUGGAACUGUUACUUUUUUAACUCGAGUGAGGGGAUAACUUAUGCAAAAAUAUGACAUCGGUGAAGAUGAACCAAGAAAUCGAAGAGGACGCGGGAAAGAUGAGAGACUAAGGCAAAAAAGACAACAACUUUGAAAAUAGAACGAUGAGAGGAAAUAGUUCCCUCGGAGGCAAAACUUUUGUUUACUCAAGGACUGAUUUUUUUGUUUGCAUAUUUUCCAUUCUCUUGUGGAUUACACCUGCUGCUCGAUCUGCCGCCAAAGAUGGUUCGCCAAGGAUUGUGGAGCAUCCAGCAUCUUUAGUCGUUGCUCGAGGGGAUCCAGCAACGCUGAACUGCGCAGCGCAAGGGAAUCCGCAUCCCAAGAUCACCUGGUUCAGAGACGGCGUCAAAGUGACCACAUCUGAGCAGGACCCUCACUCCCACCGCGUCCUGUUUUCGUCGGGUUCUCUCUUCUUCCUGGCCAUCAAACAGGGGAAGAAAGAGAGCGACGCCGGUGUCUACACCUGCCUUGCUACCAACGACAUCGGCACGGCCAGGUCGAAGAAUGCAACCCUCACCAUAGCAGUCCUUCGUGAGGAGUUUCGGGUGCUGCCUAUGAGCGUGUCGGCAGCAUCUGGGGAGAGAGCGGAGAUCCUAUGUGUCCCUCCAAAAGGUCAUCCCACCCCUGAGCUGACCUGGUCCAGGAAUGGUCACGAGAUUGACCUGAAGGAGGAGCCCCACAGGGUCCAGGUGCUUGAAUCAGGCACCCUCGUAAUCAAAGAGGUGUUGCAAACUGACGAAGGGGAAUAUGUUUGUCAUGCCACCAACCCCGCCGGCAGGAGGAGUUCCCCUCCCGCUAUUUUGAAUGUGAUAGUUUCUCCCUUCUGGGUAAAGGCCCCCAGAGACGUCAUCGGCGUGGCAGGCGGAGAGACGGAGAUAAGCUGUCGAGCAGGGGGAGACCCGCCCCCUGUUGUGACAUGGCGUCGCGUGGGGGGCCACAUUUCCGUCGGUCGCAUGCGUAUAGUUCGAGACAGAGGUCUGCUCGUGUCUCACCUGCGGCCGUCUGAUUCUGGCACCUACGUCUGCAACGCCGCCAACAGGGCAGCUUCCAUCAAUGCCAAUGCUUCUCUCACUGUCUAUAGUGCGCCACUUGUCCAGGAGAUACAAGGAGACGUGGAGGUGGAGGAAGGAGCGCCCUUGCAGCUCUCCUGCGCCGUGCAGGGAUUCCCGGUGCCUCUGGUGUACUGGUCGCGGGAGGGCUCCCAGAAGCUCCUCCCCGCCACCCGCGAGUUCGUAGAGCUCUCCUCGGCGGGGCAGACAGACGAGGACGAGGGUCUCAUGGGCGUCAAGAUCAUCCUCGCCGUGCCCAAAGUGACCAAGUAUCACUCGGGGCGUUACAUCUGCGGUGGGGUCAACAGCGCGGGCGGGGUCAUGACCCCCGUAUUGGUCAGGAUCCGCUCGCAUAGCCUGCUGCCUCCGCCUAUCAUCUCUGUGCCUCCGGCCAAUCAGACCCUCCCACUCGGAGGUCAAGCUGAUCUGACUUGCCGGGUAUGGGGGUCACCAGCUCCCACUGUGACCUGGCGUCACAGAGGUCGGCUGGUGACCUCUACCACAAGAAGACAUUUGCUGCCUGAUAACACGCUUAGCAUACACGAGCUUGUGACAGAAGACGGAGGAGAAUAUGCGUGUCUAGCGUCAUCCACAAGGGGAGUGACGGAGGCCAGAGCGUAUUUGAACAUAUCUUCCCCAAAUGAUCCCGCCGUAGUAUUUCACGAGGCGCCCGACCCCGACUCCGCCCCGGGGCCCCCUCCUACACCAAAUGUUAUAGGCACUAACGCAACGGCUGCUCUGUUGGAGUGGGAUAUCCCAGCAAAGCAAGGGGCUUCUCCAGUGCACGGGUACGUCGUGGAAUACUACAGUAACCUGGACUCAGCCUGGAAAGUGGGGGCACCUUACACUACCCACACGAAGUUCACCUUAUCGCCUGUGAACCCGUCUCUCACCUACGGAGUGACGGUGCGCGCGCAGAAUAACCACGGCGUCUCGGAACCCUCAGGAAUUGCAGAGGUCGGGGGAGAUGGCGGUAAGGACGGCGUUGGAAUAGAAGACUCGGAGUUGAAAAACGCCAGAGUCGUCCUUCAGGAGGCUGUAUUGACCGGGCCGGCUUCUGCUAAGAUCCUAUGGCAGAUGACUGAGGAAGUCAGCUCCGUGGAGGGAUUCUACAUCCGCCUCCAUCACAUGUCAAGAGACGAAUACCUCACAGAUGCCCCUGCAUACAACGGUAGACCGCACGUCAAAGGCUCCGUAGGGAACUUCACGGUGGUAACGGUCGUGAACGCUGGCGGGGGCGCCUCCUCCUACGUCCUCCACGGCCUCUACCACUUCCGUUCGUAUACAGUUUUCCUCGUCCCUUUCUACAAGACUUACGAAGGAGCUCCUUCCAAUAGCAGGACUUUUCUCACGUCGGAAGCUGUACCUUCGGCGCCUCCGCAGGACGUCCGGAUGCAACUCACGAACGUCACCACGGCGUCUGUGUUUUGGUAUCCGCCUCCGCCUUUGCACCGAAACGGCCAUAUCACUUCGUACCAGGUGGACAUUGUCUCGGUGGAUGGCGAAGUCUUUCUUUCAAGGACGGUCAACGGGUCAACGACGACCCUCAAAGUCCACAACCUGACCUUGGGCAUUUCCUACCACCUCAGCAUAGCCGCCUCUACCAAAGCGGGUCGCGGGCCAUUCACAAGGCCCGUCUCUCUGCAUGUCGACCCGGUCCUUCUGCAUCCUUUGGCUAAAUCAGGACCUUCCUUGGUGAGCCUCGACGGAGACGUGUGGGUCAUAGGGAUGAUAGGGGCGGCCGUGUUCUGCCUCCUGCUGGUGUCCAUCGCAACUUUACUCAUCUGGAGGAGGCAUGCCAGGAAUAAGGCCCUCGGUCACGUGGGAGUAUCUGUGCACAAGAUGGAUAACCUGAGCGUUGGAGAUGGCAGUUUAUGGCAGGACUACGGGGGAUGGCAGUUAGAGAAAGUCUGUGGGGCCUCUUUGCCUGAUGUUAAGGUGAUGAACACCACAGGAAGCGUUCUAGAGUGUGAUGGUUCAGCCCCUAGGAACCUCGUCACCUUCUACAGGGGCACGGCGAGCACCGAGGGUCCUUAUGCCACAACAGCACUGCUGGGCCCUCAUUCUCUUCCUCACCAGUCAGGAAAAGCCCACAAAGAGAGUCACCGUUCGAGCGAUGUCAUGUCGGAGCAACACACGCUGGUGGACGCAAAGAAGGCCACGGAGAGGAACUACAAUACAGACGGGAACAGGACUUUAAGACGUAUGAAAGGAUCUCGUCCCAUGAUUCCAGCUCCUCCGUUGCCAUGUCAUCCUCCUCCAGGGGUACCGACCGACAGUCGAAGUCUCACGCCAUGUUACUGUUCGGGAUCGCGCGCCAGCCACAUGACCGAAUCUCCUUACUCAGAGGCCCACUACACGCCCACUCUGUGUGCACGCCCAUGUUACCACACACGGCCAGAGCACCACCAUCCCCACGCCCCCCAUAGCAUAUGUCCUUCCUCGCACGUUUAUGCCUCUACGACGCCCCUCUCUCCUUAUCAGGAGAGCAAUCCUUCGAGAUCGUCCUUAGCAUCUGGCGGCGCAGGAGUGUGGCAGCAGAGGCUGAGCAGCGGUUCCGCCGUGUACGAAUCCGCCUCCGUCCAGUACGCCCCAGCGGGAUACUACCUCCCCUCCUCUAUGGCCUCCUCCUUCACGUCGACCAAUUCGGACGCGGCUUCGGCCUCAGGUGUGUCCGUUGGGUGUGGGGUCGAGAGGGUAGUGGAGAGAGCUGUGCAGAGCUCACUCCCAUCUCUAACUUACCAGGCUAUAAAAGCUCUAGGAGAGGAUAUAGAAGCUUUUAGGAAUUUGCAACAACUUAUCGCAGACCAAGAGAGCAACAGGGCCAUGCACAUAUCCAGUAACCACAAGACCUCGCCCACACCACAAGGAGGUCCCGCUACAGCAGGAGGGGUUGUGGGGACGAGAGCCACCACCUCAUCUUCAACGCCAUCAACAAUGCACAGCAACCUUUCCUCUAACAACAACAACAACAACAACCUGCAGCAGCAACAGCAGAAACUCUCAGCAGGAGGUAAACACGAACUCGCCAACAAACACGAAACCAAACAGAACUCGAUGGCGACACCCGACCACCUCAACCACUCGAUAAAAGCAUCCCAGACACGGGACGGUGGGGGAGGAGGGUCCAUCCUCCACUCGCUCGGGGGGUCCCUGCCCCUGCCCCCGAUAGAUAUCGAAGUUGCACCUCUGGGCGAAGGGGAGAGUGACUGCCAGGACGAGGAAGAAGAGGAAGAAGAAGACGGCGAGUGCUCUGGUUGUUCGUGUACGUGUUCCGAGGCCGAGUCCUCGGUGUACGCCGAGACAGACUUUGCCGAUGAAGUUCGAGCCACUCUCCAGGAGACAAGUCCCACCACCGCUGGCAGAGGGGAAGGAGGAAGAGGGGACAGAAAGGGCGACGCCCUGCAAGUGGGAGUCCGUCGCCAUCGGCACAAGAGACGCCCACCUUCGACGUACAGCGUGAAAAGUAACUACAUCAAUUUACCCACCUCUCCUCAGUGCACAGACUCUCUGAUCAGUCCAUCCCGCCCAUCCGAUCCAAGAGCGAACCACACCAAUAACCAGCUGACACCCACUCCAGCAGAGAAGACGAUUACCACCCACAACGCCCACAGCGCCCACAACAAUCCCCUGGCAGUCAACCACCAGCACAGCAGCAACCCUCCCCAAAACGACAAAUUCAUUGUCGCAUCCAAUGUUCUCUAACUGAAAGGAAGGAGGGAGGAGGAGGACUCUCCUCCGCCAACUUUCGCCGGCUCCUAUUCAACAGAACUUCACUACUGACUUGGCAGCGGAACGUAUUAAGAAAGCUGCUGGCUAAUUAGAGUGCAGGUGAUCUCCGGCCAGGAGUUACCUGAUAUUCUUUUUCUCCUCCACCUCUCUUCCCUUUUCUUUUCGUCUCGCUUUUCCUCCUCCUCCUCCUCCUCCUCGAGAACCCGAAUCGGAGUUCAGAAGAUUUUGAUUAGAGCCUGCGUGAAUAAAGGUUUGUUCAGCACGAGGAAAAGAAAUGUGGGAGACUUGGAAGGGAGAUUCUUCAAUGCAGCCUUAGCAUUCCUCAUUGCGAAAAAAAGACCCAACAAGGAAUCGUAUCUAAAAAUCUGAAAACGUAAUCAUGUGAGAAAUUCAAUUUACGUUUUAAAAAAAAGUAAGAGACAAUGAUGCUUUUAUGAAAAUGAAAGCGGAUACUCUUAAGACGAAUUAACAAUUUAUGCGACGAUGGAACAGGUGGAAGAAAGAUUACGACAAAGUUGAUGUUCAUAAAUACACUCCUUUACUUUGUUAAGCAUAACUAAAACAGGGAUGUCGAAAUAUAAUUGUAGAAAAAUUUUUAUAUAAUAUGUAUAUAC